AUGGCUUUCAACAUUGAAACGCUUCUGGAGACGAAGUUCCCGAGUGUGGAGUGCGAGGAUACGGAAGGUGAGGACGAAGAGCAAGAGGAGAACGAUGGAGAUGAUAACGAGAAGAGCAGCGUGGGCGGUGGCGGAUGGACGAACUUGGCGAGCAGCCAACUGGCGAUGUACGCCAUCGCCAACGAUCUGCGAACUCCGACGCUCGUCGAGUUGCAAAUGUUGCUGGGCGUUUCGGGUGAGCGCACGCACUGCGGGCACGGCUAUUAUCAUGUGCGCGGUUGAUUUCAGCGAGAAAGCACGACUACAAACGGAGCCGCAAGUCGGUGAGCGAGCGGAAGCCGAGACAGGCCUACUCGGCCAGACAGUUGGACCGAUUGGAGACAGAGUUUCAGAGCGACAAGUAUCUGAGUGUGAACAAGAGAAUCCAGUUGUCGCAGUCGUUGAAUCUCACCGAGACUCAGAUAAAAACAUGGUUUCAGAACAGAAGGUGCGUUUUAAGGGGUUCAAAUGGAAAAUGUACGCGGGAGAGAGAGAGAGAGAGAGAGAGAGGGAGUGACUUGCUUUCAAAUGAUUUCUUUGCUCAGUUUAACGUGACGUGGCCUUAGAAUUUGCGAGAAGAAGAAGCUGAGUCAUUUCCUUUAUGAUUCACAAAUUGUGCUCAUUCUCGUAAAAUUCAUAUGUUAUUUUCUUCUUUCCCAAAAUCAAAAUUCACAAAUUCAAAAAAAAAGUUUAGUUGUUGCAAAACAGAAAAAAAGUUUGGCGUCCGCGGCGGGCGGCUGCUGGCUGCAGGCACCGUUUUAUUGAUUUCGCGGGGGCUCAUCGGAAAACGCAUUGCAGAACGAAGUGGAAGAAGCAACUGACGACGUCGAUCCGUCAGAUGUGCAAGGAAGUGCCGACGGCGCCGAUCGGAGUCCCUUUUCCGGCGCUUCUCACUCCGUCCACGUCCCUCGCCACGUCGCUCAUCUCGUCGUUGGCUUCCAAGAGCGCCGAUCCGAAUGAACCCAAUAAUUAG